AAUCAGGAACCAGCAGGAUACACACUCACACAUACCAAAAAUAAAGAAGUAACAAACAGAAACCUCUGUCGUUUUGCCACGGUCGCUGUUAGGCUAACACUUGCAUUGUAUCUGUAUUUGGCUUUUUUUUUAGGGGCCCUGGGAGCUGUGUGGCCCCCAGUGGGUAAGGUGUGUGCGCGGACUCUUUAGUUUCAUUUAGUAAGAGGAAAUUUAGAGUUGUGCAAUGGCUCAGGGGCUGUUUUGAAAGCAAUUGAGAAAGCGCAUCGAGCUAGAGUGCGUGAAGCAGAAAAGACUCCAUGUUGUCUUCAUACAGAAUGGAGGGGUACAUCAUCCCGCCUAAAAAAACCUGGACUGGCUGGAUGUCACAGGCACCAUCUGAAUUUAAAGAUUACUGGGCACUUGUAAAUAGAGAUUCAACGGAAGAUAUGAUCUAUGAUCCUGAAAUCUAUCGACAACAGAUGGAAUAUCAAUACAUCAUCGAUGGAGACGGCCAGAAUGAUCAUACUUGGGAGUACAAUGCACACCAUGUCCACCCUGGGGACUUUGAGAAUUUGACAGAGAGCCACUUCACGGAGCUCCAGAGUGUGGUUCAGCAGGUUCAUCCUUCCAGUGUGCAUCGCUUUACUGAUGUAGAACCUAGCCAUUUUCUGGAUCCCAGUCUGGCUGGACACCAUCUGGCACUGCCUACUCCACAGAUGGCUUGUUUGCCCCGACCGUCUCUGUAUUACUCCCAUAGUGUGCAGCCCUCACCUCUCCUGCGUAGCUCGGAUGAUGAUGACCCCGGCAGCCGCAGUCCCCCCCUGGAGGUGUCCGAUGAGGAGUGUAUGAGGGACCACAUCAGCUCUACUACUGGGGUAGAACAUGGAAACAAGAAAAAGAUUCGUCUGUAUCAGUUCCUGCUGGACCUUCUGCGAAACGGGGACAUGAAGGACAGCAUCUGGUGGGUGGACAAAGAAAAGGGAACUUUCCAGUUCUCCUCCAAACACAAAGAGGUUCUGGCCCACCGCUGGGGAGUGCAGAAAGGCAACCGUAAGAAGAUGACCUACCAGAAAAUGGCCAGGGCACUGAGAAACUACGGCAAGACCGGGGAGGUCAAAAAGGUCAAGAAGAAGCUCACGUACCAGUUCAGUGGUGAUGUGCUGGGAAAGAGCCACCUGGAAAGAAAGUUGUACAUGUAAAGAGACAGACAGAUCGACAGGAAGAAAAAAGAAAUAGAUAGACAAGGGAGACUUGUCGGUCUGUUGAAAAGAGAGCUCUACUCAUUGGACUUGGAGCAUUAGACUUUUCGCUUGCCCUUUAUGAUCCUUUUAAUAUUAUUUCCCUUUGCAUUAAUUCAUUGAACUUUCUCUAUGAACUUUCCAGCACAGAGCUCACACUCCCAUUUCAGUUGCAUGUGCAAUUAAAAAAAAACUUUCUAUUCUCUAAACAGAAGAGAAGUGUAAAAUAUAUUAUCAACAGUAAGCUCUGAUGCAUUAAACAGAUCAAAUGUGAGCAAGUUUAAAAAUUAAACCAUGCAGCUCUUGUGUAGAA